GAUCGGUUGUUCCCUCCCACCUGGAAGCCCGGCUCGCACUGACAGGAGAAGGAUCCGGGGACGUUGACGCAGCGAUGCUGGCAGUACCUGAACCUGCACUCGUCUAUGUCUGGAGGAUCUGAGCCAAGAAGUAAACUACACAGCCACGUUAUCUUGGCUCCAGCGAGAAGCCAAGUGCAGCAGGGGGAGCGGAGCAGACAGCAGGCCAGUCGGGAAGCUGUGACGUUUUAUGGCCUGUACCAGACAGCUGGGAUAGAGCCAGAUAUAAAAACUGUUAGACGUACAGUAGCGUACGUCUAACACCGUGGAUCCGACGUCGGGGGCGGCAGAGAUCAGUGUGCGUCCUGUGAUUGGUGGCUUCCUGUCCAGCAGGAAGUUGUGAACGGAGUUUUAAAGCUGCUGCUGCUGCAGGUCUGCAGACAUUCACAUUAAGGCUGGACCAGAUAUGGCUCUGCUGAAGGUUCGGCUGCUGCUGCUGCUGCUGGGGUUGGGUGAGCAGGACAGGCUUCCCCUGGCUCUGAAUGCUGAGUUUUGCAGUGAGCUCAGCGUCUCUGCAGAAGAGAAUCAUUGGAGGUCAGAACUGUAGAGACGAUGAGCGACUCUAUCAUGUGACGAUCUAUAGAUAUACUCAAACAAACGAAAAGUUCUGUGGAGGAUCUCUGAUCAGUGAUCAGUGGGUUCUGACUGCAGCUCACUGCUGGGACUCAGAUCCAGGAUGGGUUAAUGAGGUCCUUGUAGGAGUUCAUCCUAGAAGUGCUCCAAAGCGGCUGUAUGGAAUCACUCAGCGUGAGGUUUACAGAGACAGCAACGGUCGUCAGCAUGACAUCAUGCUCCUGAAGCUGUCAGAAAAAACAACAAUCCGACCAAUCAAACUGCCCGACUGUCCAGAUACUCUCCUAUUAGGCACCAGGGUUCAGUUUGCAGGUCACGGACCAACAGAAGUUGGCUUUUUUAACAAAAGAAUCUCACAAAGUCCAGGUGAUCUUCAGUGUGCAGAGUUAAAGAUUGCUAAACAUGAGAAGUUGGAAAAGGCACUGGCAAAAGUCAGGAACUUUAUGUUCAGUUACCAGAAGUGGUACAGCGUGGAAAGCUCUAAGAAGGACUCAUCUCACGGCGACUCUGGUGGAGGACUUGUGUUCAAGAACAGGCUGUAUGGCAUUGGUGUCUUCGUUGGAGAUUCACUGUAUGCACUCACGAAACCAACUGGCUUCCUGGAUGUCUGUGCCUACAAGCAGUGGAUAGAUGACACAAUUAACUAACCAAAAACCUCUGGUUGCUAAGUGUGUCUAUUGUGGCUAAAUGUUCCCAGCAUCAUAAAAUGACAAAGUUUAAUCUUUAAAUUUAAAUUUUCAAUUGAUUCACUUUCUGAUUUACAGCUGAAUCAUUAAGUUAAGUUAAUCUGUGAUAAUAUCUUAUUUCUCAAUAAGUAAAGCUGCUGUUUGUAAUAAUCAGUAAUAAUAUCCACUGUCACAUGACUAGGAAAUAAAUGGCUGUCCUCUGA